UUCACGUAGCAGGAACACAAAACAAGAUAAACAACAUUUUUGCACAUAUCCUCUUCAACGAGUCUUAUUGAAAUCUUGUCAUUACCUUUAUGUAAGCUCACUUGGCGACCACAGGUAUUAAGACAGUUAGGUUCAUUCUUUAAAAAGGAAUUUGUUGUUCUUUUAAACCUCGAGUAUGAAGAGCGUUUGGAAAGCAGUGAUUGUCCUGAGUGCCAUCAUCGCCGCAGCACAAUGCCUGACCUGCCGUAUGUGCGCUCUUGGCAUAUCUGGGAACUGUGUCUCUGGAAAGGACAUCGUAUGUGGUCCGACUCAGAGCUGCUUCGAUGGGCAAGCAAGACUCCUUAGGACAGGAGAGGCGUUCCUGCACACCCGCGGCUGUCUGAACACCACUCUGUGUGGGCUUUCAGUGACGAACCACGUGCUGGAUGAAGCAUACAUUACAUACCUCAAUUGCUGUGCAACUAACCUGUGUAACGGAGCUGUGUCUGUCCAACUGUCUCUGACUGCAGCCCUCGGUGCCGCAGUGCUGUCUUCUCUGUGGGGCUUGUUGCAGUUGUAAUUUUAGGUGACCUGUUUUUAUUAACAUUCACUUGUCCUUUCUACUAUGUAUUUAAACAAUAAUUUUCAUACCUAUAAAGCAUCAAUAAAAAGCAUCAGCAUGA